AUGGGAAAUGCCCUGAGAUUCUUGUGCGGCCAAUGCUGCAAGCCGCCGCCGGACUCCGAUUCGGCCGGCCACCACGGCGUCACGGCGGCCACCGUCGGCGUCUCGGCCCUCGCCCAAGAUCUGUACAACUUCGAGAUCACUAACCAGGUCCCCCAAGAACUGAAUAAGCAUGUUGUCUCAUCAAGAAAAGCUCAAGCCAACUGGUACACUAAGCUUUCGGUGGCAUGGAGAGAAACAAAACCGCCUCCUAAAACGCCGGAAGAAGCUUCGAGGCUCGUAAUUCAGACCUUAAAGAGACAUCAGAAGGCAGAUGUUGAGGGAUUAUUGGCUUUCUACGGUCUCCCUCUACCGCAUGAUUUGGUCGAGCUCACUAUUGGUGCUCCUACAUCACAACCACAUGGACUCAAAUUCGAAUUGCACACUCUCCCGGUGGAUGUAAAGGCUGUAGCAGAUGGUGAUACAAUAACUGUAUAUGUUAGCACUAACGACGCUAGGGAGUCUUCGAAUGUUCCUCGAGGAGUCCAAGUUGCAGCUGUUCAAAGAUCUCAGGCUCGUGCUCAAAGAGAUUACCAUAGGGCUGAUGAACUUCACAGACAGAUUAUCGAUGCAGGAUAUAGGGUACUGAACAUUCAAAACCAGGAGGUCCUCGCAAGAAAAUACCGAAUAAGGCUAAGGUUGUGA